AUGGAAUCUCAGGAUGGCAUCGAUGUCCGCCCUAUGAGGCUGAAGGUUCUUUACACAUUUGACAGCGAGAACAAAACGAAUUGCCUUGCCAGAUGGCCUCACGUGCUCGACAUCCAGACGGCCUACCUUGACGAGAACACUCCAAUUGGGGUGAUCGAGUUAAAAACAUGUAUCCAGGCAAUUGUGUCUGCUAGCCCUGAACUUGUGGCUCAGCUCGGAAAAGAUUACACAGUGUACGCCUAUGACUACUCAGAAUAUGAAACCCCUCUCGUCGGUCAAGGCAUGCUCUCAUGGGUGUUGUCGUCUUCUUCACCAAACGAAGCUCAGUCAAAGACUAUCGUCACGGGACGAGUCUGCAAAAACACCCUCGGCCUCUUCUCCAAGGGUGCCGCCCAAGAGACGCUGGAAGUCAAGUUGCGGCUAGUGCCUGUCCCAACUGUCAUGCAGAGUGAGUACCUCGAUAGCAUACAAAAGUACCGCGAUUUGAGCAAUGUCAUUCCAGGCGACUUUGAUGCACAAUCUUGGACAAACUUUGUCCGUCAAAACCCUGCCUUGCUGGAGUCCUCGAGGACCCAAAGCCACGCCGGCUCGCCGAUGCACCACUCCGGAAUUGAGAGGUUUCACCAGCUCUUGAGUGAAGGGUCAACGCCACGAGAAUUCUCUAAUUUCCAACCCAACGAAUCUGUCCGCUCGGUCUCGCCUUCACAUUCGUAUGCUCCUAGCAGAGUUUCAACGCCUGGUGGUUCUCGAACACCUGCCCAUCAUCAAUCUUACUCCAAACACAACAAUCCCCACAGUGAUAUAAUUCGCCCUUCAUCGAGUGCUUCUAUGCGGGAAAAUGACUUCCAGAGCCAAGUAUCAUAUCAUCAACGCCGAGGCUCGAUGCAGUCCGGAUAUGGCAGUGGUGAGGAGGAAUCUACCGAUCCCCAGCCCCGCAAGAGAGCCAAGGUAUACCAAGCAAGCUGGCCCGGAAAGUCAGCUAUGAACAUCGAAAGACAACCCAGCUCGCUACGGGUUGCAGCCAGUACCGCGGCCUCAGUUCGGAUUCACCGCCCAACCCCUGUGAACCCUGCUAUCGCUGUUGAACAGUCUUACGAAGAGCCCGUCCGCCCACCCACUCCCAUGUCUCGGCCAUCUGAUUUCACCCGCCGGUCUCGACCUACAGGUAGUUUGUUGCGGGAAUCAUCCAUUGCAAGCAUUGCUUCUUGUCCAGCUACAUACAAUUCUCCCUAUUGCCAGAGUGACGACAUGCCAGGUACAGAUCAGACCGGUGCUUCGCCCGAGGAUACUCGAUACCAGGGUCUCUUCGAGCCGUCCUUCAGCAUGCCAUCGUCACCUCCCGUUUUCGAUGGCCGUCUGCUGAAUAGAUCAAGCCCCGUCUUGCCACCCAUCGCUUUGGACACUGACUCUGGCUUCAUGAGUGCCGGAUUGGAAGAUCUUCUUGACGAUGAGACCACCACACCCCAGGAUGACCGCAGAAGGGCAGAGUCCCACGAGAUCACCCAGGAAAAACGCCCUGUUCGACCUACAGUGCAAGCAAGCUCCCCAGUCAGCACCAUUGGCCCCCAUAAAGGAACCUCCAAUGACCCACUCCCUGUCGACGAGAUUACAGCGGAUCAGCCUAUGACUCAGGCACCACCUGCGCAGUCUCGACCUGCCACAUCUGGAUCAAGACCCUCUUCAAGUGCCGGCCCGCAGCGCUUGGCGCCCAAACCCUUGCUGCCAGGACCAAUUGCUCCCCACAACCAGUGUCACCCACUGAUGCGCGCCAUUCCCGCCAGCGACCCCAUUGUGCCUUCUCGCCCCGUUGACGUGAAAUUCAUGCCUCUCGAAACCACCAAGACUAAUGCCAACGUCAACACCAAGGCUAAGCGGACAAAGCAGGCAAUCAACAUGCAGACACGCUUGGAGCAGGCUAUUGCCAAAGGAGAGGUUCCGCCAUAUUGCGAAAACUGUGGCUCAAUUGAAACUCCCAGCUGGCGCCGAGCAUGGUCGAAAGAAGUCGAGGGAAAUGACAAGGUUGCAGAAGAAAUGAUGCAGCGCCCUUUCAUGUUGUUCUGGGAUGUCUUGGAUCGGAACUCCGAGGGUGAAGUCCAGAAGUUCUUGAUCUACAAGAAGGAGAACGAGGAUCAUUGGAAGCAGAUGACCUUCUGCAACCCGUGUGGUCUGUGGCUUCACAAGUUCAAGGAAAUGCGUCCAGAGCAUAAGUGGUCCAAGCAGCCAGCAGCCAAGAAAAGAAAGCGUCCUGCUAGAGCCAGCAAUGGCAAGGCUCCCAACUCUUGCCCUGCCACCAGAACUCGGAGUAAGGCUGCUCCCCACAAGCCGGCAGCUUCUUCUCCGGCAGCCACCGAAGCUUCUUCUGUGCCGGCUGAGGGCGAGACUCCUCAAAUGGAUGACGACGAAGGUGCUUCCCCCAACAAGCGCUCUCGAGCAAACAGUACCGAACCGCAGCACCCGUCUGAGGAGUCGGCUCCCAAUUGGAACAAGCAAGACGCGAGGGAGGCCAUGCGCCGUGCCAUUCGGUCCAGCCCUGCUAGACGCACGCAGCCUCGUCCCACCUCAUCAGCGGAUAGCACCACUUCGACCCCCAAGCCUCUGAGAAGAUCGCUUUUCCAGAAUGCCCAGAAUGAGGGCCCGCUGAAGGAACUUGAUGCCUCUAUGGUAAAUAGCUGUUCCCCUCGUCGCAGCCCUCGCAUUGCUUCGACAAAGGAUGACAAGGGAGCUCAGAAAGAGAACCACGUCCCCAUUCCGGCCGACGACCUCGACACACUUUUCGAGAGCCCUUCCAUCGACUAUGAUCAGACUGGAAGCCCAACUCCUCGUCGACGCAACGCCCGAGCCAAUACAUCGGUCGAAAAGCGGUUGGCGCUGCCUAUGAACUCCCCAAGUGCCAACCGACGCAAGGAUCUGAGCUCGACCAUGACUCCCACCCGGCUGUCAGCCGAGCGCCUGCAGCGUAUUCAAGCAAGUCAGGGUAGCCCUCGCCAGCAAAAGUCACCAAACAAGCAACAGCCCUUCGCUCCUCUGACAACCGAUGAAAGCCUCCAUUCCGAAGCCUUCGAAUCCCUGGACGGCAUGAUCCUCGACAUCUUCGACGAUGCAGACCAGCCCAACCACUUCUUCCUCCAGAACGCCAAGUUUGACGGCGACAACUGGGCCGACUGGCUCCCAGAAGAUUACGUCUCCCCCACCGGAUCAUCUGACGGUCCCGCCGAGGACCUAAUCAACUCCCUCUUCUCCGACUCAGAAGUGAACAAAGACAACCUCAAUUCCGAGUUCCUCCCCUUCAAUUUCGAUGAGUCUGUCGUCCCCGACUCCGGCUUCUUUAGCUCCGACGCUCUCCACACCGACCCAAUCCGUCCGGCUCCUAAGACCCAGUCUGCUGGCCAGAACCCCGAUGUUCAACAGGCAAACCCCUCUGCCUAA